CAUCAUCAUACCUCGAUCGUCUUUUUACCCCUGUCUGGCCACAACAUGAUUGAUGCACGACGCUGAUCUGUGAAUCCCCGACUAUUGACCACCCCGUACGAAAGUCCAUCCUCUUUUUCGUCAACAAUGUCCGAGACCAGCGAUGCGCCGAAUCCCCCGCCCGCGCAACAUGUGUUAGGAAUACCGCGACCUCCUUCCGUGGGCGGAAUCUCGUCCCGCGUCACCGAUAUGGCUUCAGACGAUGGAGAUAAUUCCCAGACCUAUACCGGUAUGUCGUCGCAACCAACACGCUCGCGACCAUCCGUAUCCCGACGAGUACCCCCGCCCGCAAGGAGCUCCAUCACAACCACGAGCCAGGCGACGGCAAGACCUGGCAGUUCCGGCAGUCGAUUGAGCCGGUCUCAUAUCCCCUCCUUGACGGCGCAGGGCUUCUUCCGUCCGAUGUCAUCCCAGCGACUUCAGGCGCAUAGGGGUCGGCCCAUGACGAAAGGAACCACGACAGACACUUCGGAGGAAUGGGGGGAGCACGGAAGCCAGAACAGACAGAGUCUGAUCUCGAAUAGCACCGCGCCCCGGGACUCUCUUCCACCGAUAGAUCAGGAACCUCCUCCUUCGAGAGGCACCGAAUUCACAGAUCCUGUCCUUCCCGACCGAACGGCCUCGAACGCCAGCCCGAUGGGCAAUACGACCGGGAGGAGCAUAGGCGAGAGUGCGAAGCUCAUCCACAACCAGGAGAGAGCUUACAAGCUCAACCCACCACACCUCAACCUGGGAGUAAACCAUAACAACCCGAGUGGCCAUGAAUCGCCUCAGAGAUCGCCUCUUUCCUUCCUUUCGCUACAGAACAGAAACCAGGUGCAAGAAGCCCGUGAUCGCGCGCAUGAGAGGCUGUCUUCGGCCGGGUCGACACCUGCGUCAAUCGAGAAACAACCCCCAACAACCAAGCGUAGCCGUCUAGGGAAGAACUACGAGUAUUUUGUUGGCAAUACGAUAUUCUUCGGACGGGGAAGGUUGCAGAACUCCAGGGACAAGCCGGUCAAUAUCGCGACUGGAAUCUUCGUGGUGGUGCCAUCGGCGCUGUUCUUCGCAUACUCGGCCCCCUGGCUCUGGCAUCAUAUCUCGCCUGCGAUCCCGAUCUUGUUCGCCUACCUCUUCUACUUAUGCUUCUCUUCGUUCAUUCAUGCUUCGGUUGUUGAUCCCGGUAUCAUUCCGCGCAAUCUUCACCAGCUGCCGCCACCGGACCCUUCAGAUGACCCUCUGGCUGUAGGCCCGCCAACCAAUGACUGGGUGAUGGUCAAACUAGCAACGUCCGACGUUGCCGCCAUGGACGUCCCCGUGAAGUACUGCGAGACUUGUUGUAUCUGGCGCCCCCCGCGCUGCUAUCACUGCCGGGUGUGUGACAACUGCGUGGAAACUCUGGACCAUCAUUGCGUCUGGCUCAAUAAUUGUGUUGGCCGCCGCAACUACCGAUACUUUUUGACCUUUGUGGCCUCCUCCACGCUCCUCGCAUUAUUCUUACUCGGAGCCAGUCUCGCGCACAUUCUGGUGUACCGGAACCAGGAGCACAUUAGUUUUGGCACCGCGAUUGAUAAAUUGAGGGUGCCUUGGGCUAUGGUGCUAUAUGGUGCAAUUGCUGCGCCGUAUCCAGCUUCUCUGUGGACGUAUCACAUUUUCCUGGUUGGCCGGGGUGAAACCACUAGAGAAUAUUUGAACUCUCACAAGUUUGCCAAGGCCGAUCGCCAUCGUCCCUUCACCCAAGGCAGUGCCAUCCGAAACUGGCUGUCCGUGCUCUUGCGACCGCGGCCCCCGACCUACAUGCAAUUCAAAGCAAGUUACCGUCAGGGUGAUCAACGCUUGAGCACUGUUAAGCGGAAGUACCUCCCUCGCCAUGUUGAGCGUCAGCCCGACAUCGAGAUGCAGCGAGUCCCUUCUACACAGCCACCAGAAUGAGAUGAGGUAAUUAUCUAUGAUUCUAGGUUUGGCGUGGUUCAGUUCGGUUCAAUGAAUGUCUUACCAUCUCACGACACAAUUUACAGCCCCUCAGUGGGUAAACUAUUUUCUCUUUCCUUUUUUUCCUCCUUUGCUUUCCUUUCUGCCUCAAGACUACUGCAAUCAUAAUGCAUGUUGCACCUUUUUCACAGCCUUUGGUUGGAUUACUCG